UGACAGCAAGGGUCUCUCACAACUGUUCUUUUGAAGAUAUUCAUAAGUUUGAAGUGUGAGGCAGAGGACAGACAACCAAUUACUGGUCUGUAUAAAAAACCCUCCGCAGUAAAAAUCAAUGGAAAAAGCAAGAUCCAGUAAAAGUGAUCACUUGUUUAUUUUCACAAAUGGAAGAUAAAUUGGCGGCAAGCAAUUCAAUACCUGGACAAGAUGGCAGAUCCCCGCAGUUCUCAGUUGGAAAAAAAUCUUCGGAAAUGGGAGGAAAUUGAAAUGGAGGGGUUGAAAAAUUUGGGCUUUACAGCUUGAUGGUUUUACUGAAUUUAAUGGCUUACUUCUCUACAAGAGAAUCAGGACAGAGCGCCCACCCUCCUUUCUAUAAUAUCACCAGCACAAACAAUAGCCUCAAUAUGACACCUGGUUAUCUUUUGUCUCAACCAGAAAUACCAAAUGAUCCUGAUUCACUGCACCAUAAAACUCAACGAGCCACAGUAAUUGCCUUGAUGGGAAUUUUUGUGUUCAUAACCCUGACUCUGACAGCAGCAGUGAUUGUGUUUUGUAAGAAGAAAAAUUCUGUGUUUCUCCUCCAGAAGUCGGAUCUGCAUGCUGAUCUGGAUCUGGAACUGGAGGAUAUCCAGACAGACAUUUCAGAUGAUUUUGGGAGUUUCACUUUGGAGAUCACUGAUGUGAGACAAAGUUUCAGUGAGUCGAGUCAACAGGAUCUGGGUCAGUAUGAGGCUUUGUUAGCUAAAAAUAGCACACUGAAACAGUCCACAAGUUUGCCUGUGAGUUUUGAUACCUGCCAAGAAUACCAACAACUGCAGAACUUACCUACAAAGUCCGAGACUUGUGAGGGAAUUAAAACAUCUUACACUCCCCUAUCAUGCCAAAAAGACUGCAACAAAGAGCUCCAGCAGGAUGUUAAUAACCACAAAUGUAGUGGUAAUUUAAUGUGCCAGUUAUGUGAACAGACAAACAGGAUUACAGAGUCUAUAAAACAGACAGACUCACAGACAGAACAGAUGUACGUUUUUCCACUGAAGGGGAUAAUAUCUCAGGAAGAUAGUGAUUAAAUUUUAUGUCUUUUUAACAAAAACGCAACCAUUUCCAUUUCACAUACAUGGAUGCUUUAUUCUGUUAAAAUUCACACUAGUUUGUAUAACCAACAACUGUUUCUCCUAUAUUAUAAAUUGAAUUUUGUCAACAUUUAAUACAGAUUUAGCUCCUCUUUAAGGUAUUAAUACAU